AUGCGAAAGCUAGGGUCCCCCCGCCAAGACCCCAGCGCCCCUAAACACUAUUUUAUAGGGCGAAGCGCCUCGAGAGCCCGGCAUGUGAAACGUCACGAUCAACCUCACCUCAACGCCUUGACGGCGGCCAUAAUCCUCUUCAAUUCUAUCUCGACAGCCGCCCCCCAAUGGGCAGGCUUCUCGCCGAUGGCCAUCUUCCCCGCCCGCCGUAGGUUCGUACGGCUUGCCCUAACAACAGUCCUCUUCCUCACCGUCUACCUCUUCUUUGCCCAACCGCCCGCCCUGCAUCCUCCGCCGCCGCCGCCGCCGCGAGGACAUCAUCAUAGCCAGGAAAAAAAUCAUGCCGGCGCCCCGGAAAAGCCCGCAUACAAGCCCACUAGCUUCGACUGGGCCUCGCGUCCUGUAGCCCAUCCCCUCGAUGACUCGGAAAUCGGCCGCCUGCCAGAGGGCGAGCCGCUUGCGCUGCCUCAGAUCCAGCACGCCUUCACGACCACCGAAUUGACAGCUUCGCACAACGAGACGCAACGCAAGCGCCGCGAGGAGGUUCGUGAUGCCGCCCGAAGGGCGUGGAAUGCAUACAAGAAGCAUGCCUUCGGCCGCGACGAGCUCACCCCCCUUACCCUCUCCUCUCGCGACACCUACGCGGGCUGGGGCGCGACGCUGGUCGAUUCGCUUGACACGCUGUGGAUCAUGGGACUAAAAGAUGAGUUCUAUGAGGCGGUUGGCAUGGUGGGCAAGAUAGACUGGAACAAGCCCCGGUCCAACAUCUGCUCUCUCUUCGAAACCAACAUCCGUUUUUUGGGCGGGCUCCUGUCCGCAUACGACCUCUCCGGCGAGGAAGUCCUUCUCCGCAAAGCGAAAGAGCUGGGAGAUAUGCUCCUAGCCGGCUUCGAUACAUCCACACACAUGCCCACCAACAGCUUCGACAUUUCCCUCGCACGCAAAGGACGGCUCGUCCCCAGCUUCAGCGAAUCCCUUGCCGCGGCGGGCUCUCUCUCCCUGGAAUUCACGCGCCUGUCCCAGCUGACGGGGGAUAACCGGUACUACGCCGCCGUAAACCACGUCACGCGUGCGCUGGCAAGAGCACAGGAAAAGACCGCCCUGCCCGGGCUAUGGCCCGUGUUUAUCGACCUGCGCUCGCCGCUGCUCACGGCGGGAAAUACCUUUUCUCUGGGAGCGUCCGCGGAUUCCGCGUAUGAGUAUCUCUCGAAGAUGUAUAUAUUGCUUGGUGGGCGGGGGGACGUGUAUGAGAAAUUGCAUGUGGAUGCGAUGCAGGCCGCGGCGAGGUAUUUGCUUUUUAGGCCAAUGCCACCUCCUCCCGGCAAGGGGUCCUCUUCGGAUUCCAUCCCCCUGGAGGAGGUAUUGUUCACAGGAACAGCCUACGUCUCCGGGCAUACAUACACCCUCCGUCCCGAGGUCCAACACCUAGGCUGCUUCGCAGGCGGGAUGUUCGCCCUCGGCGGCCGCUUGUUCUCCCUCCCCGGACAUGUCCAGAUAGGAAAGCAAAUCGCGCUCGGCUGCGCUUGGGCGUAUUCCCGCUUCCCUACGGGUAUCAUGCCCGAAGUCUCGCUGCUCGCGCCGUGCGACGGUGCGGGGAUGAGCAAAACCGUCGACGAUGACGACGACGACGACGACGACAACGGUGCAGUGUCCAAGAAAAAGAACGUGACAAGUCCCGAGGACGUCCCGAAGUGCGAGUGGAACCAAGCAAAAUGGGAGAAACUCCUCCGCCAACAGGGUUCGUCGGCAGAUAAGGAUGAUGAGCUGCGGUUACCGAAGCCGUGGACUUCGGUCAAGGAUCCGCAGUAUUUGUUGAGACCCGAAGCUGUGGAGAGUUUGUUUAUUCUUUGGAGGGUGACAGGAGAUGCAGCGAUGCUCGACCGGGCGUGGGAGAUGUGGCAGAGUGUCAAAGACGCGACGGAGGUCAAGGAUAAUGGGGCGUUUGCUGCUAUUAGGGAUGUCAGGAUUAGAAGGGGGGAAUGGCAAGAUUCUAUGGAGAGCUUUUGGAUCGCCGAGACGCUCAAAUACUUCUUUCUUGCUUUCUCGGACCCAGACGUCAUCAGUCUGGAUGACUAUGUCUUUAAUACGGAGGCGCACCCGUUUAGAAUUCCGAAGCCGAGACGGGAGGAUGGGCCUGUCAAGGGUUUUGAGAAUAGAGAUCGCGGCCAGGAGACGCACCAGCAGCACCAGCAGCAGCAGCACCAGCAACAACAACAGCAGCAAGUGAUGUGA